AUGACGCGAGAGCUUUUGCUGCGGGUUUCAGACGCCGGAGAGCCGGUGACCAGCUGUUCCUAUGGCCAGGGCGUCCUGACGCUACCGGCACUACCACUGCCAGAUGGCUACGAUGGCUCCCAGCCGCUUUUCACACUCAAACUGGUCAUUGCAGGCGGGUCUCCACUCGCUCGCGACGGCCUGGUAUGGACCAAUUGCCCACUUGAUACCAAGUCCGCGUUCGUACGCGACCAAUUUGCCAAGAAGAAAAUCAAUGCGAGCUUCCACCGGGAUUCGCACGUCGAGAUUCACGUUUUCACCCCAGGGGCCUUCUGUUUCUACUUUUCCUUCCGGAACGACCGCGACGAGCUCGAAACCACGCGCCGGUUCUACUUUGUGUCUCCUCCAAACCUGUAUGUAUCCGGCAAAUACGUACCGCUAAAUGCCAUCGCGAUGGAAACUGUCGUCUCCAAGUGGAUGGGUUCCAACUGGGACACCGUGUUCCAGAAAAUCGCCCACAAGGGCUACAAUAUGAUCCAUUUUACGCCUUUGCAAAAGAGAGGGAUCUCAAACUCCCCGUAUUCCAUUUACGAUCAACUCCUAUUCGAUCCUGACUUUUUUCCCAACAACACCAAGGACGUUAGCGAGAUGGUUCAGAAAUUGCAUCAGGAUCUUGGUAUACUCACCAUGACAGAUGUCGUCUUCAACCACACCGCCAACAAUUCUCCUUGGCUCCAAGAUCACCCUGAUUCCGGUUACAAUCACCGAACUGCACCUCACUUGAUAAGUGCCAUUGAAUUGGACGCAUCUUUGCUCAAAUUUAGCAAUAACCUUACAAAACUUGGAUUGCCCAUAGAUUUGAAGACAACCCAGGACCUGUUCAAAAUUAUGGAUGGUAUCAAAACUCACGUACUGGCCGCUUUGAAAAUCUGGGAGUUUUACGUCGUGGAUACCGAAACUACUAUAAAAUUGUUCGAAACAAACUGGAACCAAAUUUCUCACGAAACAGUAGAAGUGCCAGAUAAUGUCAAAAAUGAUAUGGUUGAGCUAGCAGCUUUCAUUCGUGCGAAUGCCUCGUCGGAUGAUUUUGGUCAACUAGGAGAAAGGCAUUCCAACAAGCUUGACAACACAAAAUUCACCGCCGUAAUCAAGUCUCUGUAUGGACAAGAACUGAAUGACGCCGUCUUGGAGGAAGCCCGCAAAAUCGUUGACGAAUUAAAUUCACCGUUGUAUAGGGAAUAUGAUGAUGAUGUGAACGAUAUACUAGAGCAAUUGUUCAAUCGAAUCAAAUACAUGCGGAUUGAUGAUCAUGGUCCUAAGAUGGGUACUAUUACACACGAGUCACCAUUGAUUGAACCUUAUUUUACCCGCUUUACGGGGACCGAUGGUCAAGAGUUUGCCUUGGCCAAUAAUGGUUGGAUCUGGAACGGCGAUCCGCUAGUGGACUUUGCAUCUAAUAAGUCCAAGGCGUACUUGAGGCGUGAAGUCAUUGUAUGGGGUGAUUGCGUCAAAUUGAGGUACGGCUCUGGGCCUGAGGAUUCGCCUUACCUUUGGGAAAGAAUGUCGAAAUAUAUUGAAACCAGUGCUAGAAUAUUUGAUGGUUUCAGAAUUGAUAAUUGUCACUCUACUCCGCUUCAUGUCGGGGAAUACUAUUUGGACUUGGCACGGAAAUGCAAUCCAAAUCUUUAUGUUGUGGCAGAAUUAUUUUCAGGAUCAGAAGUAAUGGACUGUCUGUUUGUCGAGAGACUCGGUAUUUCCUCAUUGAUAAGGGAGGCCAUGCAGGCAUGGUCAGCAGAAGAACUAUCAAGACUUGUCCACAGACAUGGUGGCAGACCAAUCGGCUCUUAUAAAUUCCUACCUUUGGACGAGUUUGCCUAUCCAGCAGACGCUCAUGAUAUGGGAUCUGAAGACUCUAGAGCAAGCAGAGAUAUAGAAAUAAACAUUCCAAAAACACUCACUGCCACCCCGCCCCAUGCUUUGUUUAUGGAUUGCACACACGAUAAUGAAACCCCUUUUCAAAAAAGGACCCUUGAGGACACUUUGCCUAACGCUGCGUUGGUGAGCCUCUGCUCCUCGGCCGUAGGGUCGGUAUAUGGUUAUGACGAAUGCUUCCCAUAUCUAUUGGAUGUGGUGGGUGAAUCUAGAACAUACGAUGUUGAAAACGGUGACGGAAUUUCUGAAGUUAAGGUUCUGCUUAACAAGAUUAGAGAUGAAAUCGCACAUGGGAGUGCAGAAAUAGAGGAUUCAGAAAUGCACGUUCAUCACGACGGACAGUAUAUUACCUUCCAGAGGAACAACUCGAAGACGGGAAAAGGAUGGUUUCUAAUAGCGCGCACCAAAUUCAGUGAAGAUCAAGGUGAUCAACAAUUUCCAAAUGUCAUAUUUAGUGGAUCACGUUGCGAACUAGACUUUGCGUACUCACUCAUCAAAGUUGGUGACGUUGUCAAGGACGACAAAAAAAUUAAAGGCAUCCCGACAAAGCUAGAAAAAUUAACAGGGUUUAAUGUAAAUUACAAUGACGGCGCCAAGGAGUCGAUAAUCGAGAUAACCGGAAACUUCCCCCCUGGUUCCAUUGCUGUUUUUAAAACUCAACAAAAUGGUCUUGAUGAUACACUAUUAAGAUAUCUUAGAUCUGGUGCUUUGAAAGCUUCUGAGAAGCUUGAUCUAUACUCCUUGAACUCACUACUAUAUCGUUGUGAUGCUGAAGAGCGCGACGUAAGUGGAGGUAAAAUAGGUGCGUAUAACGUUCCGGAUUAUGGCACCCUGACAUAUUGUGGUCUUCAAGGUUGGGUUUCGGUUUUGCGGCAAUUGAUAUUCUCCAAUGAUUUAGGUCACCCUUUAAGCAAUCAUUUGCGCAGUGGCCACUGGGCUCUGGACUACAUGGUACAGAGACUAGAUUUUUACAAGGACAAGGAAGGUGUCUCUGAAAUGCAAGCAUGGCUGUCGUCUCGCUUUGACAGAGUUAAAAAGCUUCCUUCAUAUCUGAUACCAACCUACUUCGCUUUAGUACUUGGUACGGCAUACCAGUGCUGUAGAUUUAGAGCCCUGGGAUUAAUGGCCGAAAAUGUAGGACAAUCGACAAGGUUCGUUCAAAGUUUGGCUUUGACCUCGGUUCAAAUGGUUUCCAAAAUGUGUUCAACCUCGUUAACUCCAGAAGGAAACACGCCUUGCAUGGCUGCAGGGCUUCCACAUUUUUCCACCAAUUACAUGAGAUGCUGGGGCAGGGACGUGUUCAUAGCUUUAAGGGGUUUAUUGCUUACGACAGGUCGUUACGAUGAUGCAAAGCAACAUAUUUUAGCUUUUGCCAAAACGUUGAAACAUGGCAUGAUUCCAAAUUUGUUAGACGCUGGGCGAAACCCUCGUUAUAACGCUCGUGAUGCUGCCUGGUUUUUCUUACAAUCAAUUCAAGACUACGUGGAGAUUGUUCCCGAUGGCUACACGAUUUUGAGGGAAAAAGUGUCGAGACGUUUUCCACUCGAUGAUACCUACGUUACAGAGGAUGAUCCGCGCGCAUUCUCUUAUGAGUCUACUAUCGAAGAAAUAAUAUAUGAAAUACUAGCAAGGCAUGCAAAAGGCAUCAAAUAUCGUGAAGCAAACGCGGGCCCUAAUUUGGAUAGGGUCAUGUCUGAUGAAGGCUUUAACGUUGAAGUACAUGUUGAUUGGACCACCGGUUUGAUACACGGGGGUUCACAGUUUAACUGCGGUACUUGGAUGGACAAGAUGGGUGAAAGUGAGAAAGCAGGUUCUUUAGGGGUACCUGGAACUCCUCGAGAUGGAGCCGCCAUUGAAAUCAAUGGGCUAUUAAAAAGCGCGUUAAGAUUUGUGGUCAAAAUGGAGGAAAGAAAACUUUUCAAGUCCACAGCCGUUCAGAAAGAAGAUGGCAGCAAGAUCAGCUUGAAGGAAUGGAACGGUCUUUUACAAGACAAUUUCGAAACCAAAUUUUUUAUCCCUUCGGACCUCUCAGAUGAUGGUGGAUACGACGUGGAAUCCAGAUUGGUGAACAGACGAGGUAUCUACAAGGACUUGUACAAGUCCGGGAAACCAUAUGAAGACUAUCAACUAAGGCCAAACUUUGCCAUUGCAAUGACAGUGGCUCCAGAGUUAUUCACUCCAGAGAAAGCGUUGAUAGCAUUGAGGAAUGCAGAUGCAAUUAUCAGAGGUCCCGUUGGGAUGCGCACUCUGGAUCCAAGCGACUAUAACUACCGGCCCUACUACAAUAACGGCGAGGACUCCACGGAUUUUGCUACCUCAAAAGGAAGAAACUAUCAUCAAGGACCAGAAUGGGUAUGGCUUUAUGGCUAUUUUAUGCGGGCCUACUAUUACUUCAAUCUCAUUGCCGACUCGCAUUGUAAGACCAAAGAUGGAACUCAACCAUCGUCGUAUUUGUUGCAACAGUUGUACAACCGCCUUGAGGGCCAGAGGAAAGCUAUUUUCGAGAGCCCUUGGGCAGGGCUCACCGAGUUAACAAAUAAAGAUGGCGACUUUUGUGGGGACAGUAGCCCUACACAAGCUUGGAGCACAGGAUGUGCCCUGGACUUUUUUUACGAUUUGUGGAACGCCGAAAUGAAGAACAUUAGCGGCGAAGUAACUGCAAGUAAAAAUUGA